AUGUAUGAACCUUCAAAUUCAUGGACCAUUGUUGAUAUUAUCAGAGUAUUAGCUUCAUAUGAUGAUUUUUUGAAAGCUAAGCUUAAAUUGAGGGAGGCAGAGUACAAAACAGAUUUAGAAAGUGAUGAUGCAGAUAAAGCGAAAAAAUUCCGAAAAAUAAAAGCUGCUAAAAUAAACUCGGAUUCUGAUGAUUCAACUUUUGAAACUCAAAAAAUAACAACAAGUCUACAAACUCCAUGUGCACCUCCUCAAUUAAAACUCUCAAAACAUAUCAGCAAUAACAGUGGGUUUAGAUCAAAACAGUUAAAAUGCGGAGAAAAUAAUUUUAGCUACAAAGGUAAUUUAGACAUACUUCAGAAAAGCCCUGAUUUAGUUGAAGAAUCCUAUGAUAUUACCUUUCUUGAAAAUAUAAAUGGUGAAGUGUUUCUAAGCUCUGCUCGGUCAGAAAGCAAUCGAAUAGAUGAUAAUACACCUGUUGUUUUUUUGUCUCCUGAACAAUCACAACAAAAUAUGGAGCAACGUUUUGAGAAUAUAGUCAGAAAUGAAAAUGGUGACAUGAACAAUUUAUCAAAUCUUGUUACGGUUCAACAAAAAGAUUUAAAGGUUUUGGUGGAAAAUAGCUGCCACAUGAAAAUUAAGAUCAAUCAAAUGCUUAUUGUAAUGAAACAAAUGCACAACAAACUUAAUCGAUGUCUUGCUCCUAUUACAUCCUCAUCAGGUGAUACAAAUAUUAAUAUUAGAUCAUACUUUCCGUUGAAAGAUGAAACACAACUCGAUUAUGUAGAUACAAUGAUACUAGAAAAUGCAGCAUUUAAAAACCAGUUGAUGAAUGAACUGUCUAUAAUUGGAGGUGACGAUAUUCGUUCAAAAACAUACAAUGCCAUGAAAUACAUAUUUUCUAACAAAUUGGCCACAGUAAUAACAUAUGCAGGAAUGAGCAAAGAGAAAAAGGCAUUAAAAAACUAUCAAAUGCAUGAUAUAAUUCUAGAUGCAGUAAGAAGCAGUUGUCAACAAGGAACGACAAACAGGGACAUAAUCAGACAUAUAAUGUCGUGGUUUAAGCAUGCCAUUGACAGGUAUAGAAACGAGUAUAAACGCCAGGUCUGA